GGUUCUCGGCGUGCAGUCGGCUUCGUCUUCUAGCGGCGGGCAAGAGUGAACUUGUUCGUUUACUGCAUCUUUCUCCACUCCUCCCUCCUCGGUGUCGAAUCGCCGUUCUUUUUCUCCGUCAACUCUUGCGAGGACCUGUUCUACGUGGCAUCAUUCAAGUACUCUGUCACUAGGUUACUCGCAAGUCAGGCGUCAAGUCAAAGUAUCAUAAAGUAGGCAGUGUUUUGGGUUGUUCUUCUCACAAGACGAAUCCUUCACCGCGCUCUUCGAUUUUCUCUUCUAGAGUUCUAAUCGCUCUUUUCAACAGGUUCUUUUGCAGGACAAAAGAGGAGGAUGUCGGGCCCCUCGUAUGACCCUGUUCCAUUGUCGACGGACCACACAGAUGAUGUUCCGUACAACCGUCCCUUGUCGCCAGAGACACGGCACUCUGCAUAUCAAAGUCCGGAGACCCAACCUCUCGAGCCACACGACGACCUACCUCCGGGCGCAGCACGCCCACGUUUUCUUGGUGCCGCCUUGAACGACGAUGGUCCCAAUCCUCGCAGUUCCUACGCCUCUUCAAGCAACAGCUUUCCCAUUGCAGACGAUUACUCCUCGUCGGUCUAUGCCCUCAAUGCCGACCGUGCCCCAGGUUCUCGCGACCCUACGUUCUACAGCCUGAACUAUCGUGAUGAUCCCCAUGAUGGUGAUUUCAAUGACUCCCAGCCGGGCGUGAGCAAGAUGUCGCCUGCUAUGCAAAGCUCUCCAUAUCUUUCAGAGAAGCGGAAUACCUAUGCCGCCCCACGCGACCGCUCACGUCGUAAGUUGUUCAUCAUUGGCGGUGCGAUUUUAGGCUUGCUCCUCGUAAUUGCCGUGGUUGUCGGCGUUUAUUUCGGCGUGGUCAAGCCUAAAUCGGCCAAGAGCAGCGACAAUGCUUCAGGAGCCCUUGGGGACGAACACACCAGCGCCAAGCCUUCUGGGACGAGUGCGCCCACUCCUGGCGUACGGGCUGCUGUCACCGGUGGCGACGGAAGCAAAGUCACCACGGAAGACGGCACAACAUUUACUUACCAGAACUCAUUUGGUGGUUAUUGGUACUGGGAUUCUGAAGAUCCUUUCAAUAACGGCGCCCGCGCUCAGUCGUUUACUCCUGCACUGAACGAAACUUUUCGCUAUGGUAUUGAUCAGAUCAGAGGUGUCAACCUUGGAGGUUGGUUGAAUACGGAACCAUUCAUUACUCCUGCCCUUUAUGAAAAAUAUGCAAAUUCCUCUAACCCGGCCGUCGACGAAUGGACACUGAGCGAGAACAUGGCUGCGGAUGGUGGACUCCAACAAUUAGAAGAUCAUUAUAAGACGUUUAUUACCGAGAAGGACUUCGCUGAGAUCGCUGCUGCAGGUUUGAACUGGGUUCGUAUCCCUAUACCCUAUUGGGCCGUUGAAACAUGGGAUGGCGAACCAUUCCUUGCCAAGACGUGUUGGACUUACUUCUUGAAGGCCAUCCAAUGGGCUCGGAAGUAUGGUAUCCGUAUCAAUCUUGACUUGCAUGCUGUGCCCGGUAGUCAGAAUGGUUGGAAUCACUCAGGUCGUCUCGGAACGAUCAAUCUCCUUAACGGACCCAUGGGCCUUGCUAAUGCUCAGCGCUCGUUGGAUUACAUUCGGAUUAUUUCCGAAUUCAUCUCGCAGCCCCAGUAUAAGGACGUUGUUGCGAUGUUCGGUAUCACUAACGAACCUCAAGCCCCAACGUUCGGUCAGGAGAACCUCAUCAGAUAUUAUCUAGAGGGGUACAACUUGGUCCGGGCUGCUAGUGGUAUCGGAGAGGGCAAUGGCCCCAUGAUCUCCUUCCACGAAGGUUUCACCGGCCUUAGCAAGUGGUCAGGGACGUUUGUCAACUCCGACCGCACGUCGCUGGAUGUCCAUCCUUAUCUAUGUUUCAGUAACCAAUCGCCAGAUCCUUACUCUGCCCGUGCAAACACUCCUUGCUCUGCCUGGGCGGCGGGCCAGAACAACUCUAUAGGCAAUUUUGGGUUGACCACUGCUGGCGAGUUCAGUAACGCUAUCAAUGAUUGUGGGCUGUAUGUCAAUGGUGUUAACCUGGGCACUCGGUAUGAGGGAACGUAUACUCCUGGAAAUUGGCCUCGUGUCGGAAGUUGUCAACAGUGGACUGAUUAUCAGACUUGGGACGACGACAUGAAACAGGAUAUCAUGAACUUUGCCCUUGCUAGUAUGGAUGCUCUUCAGCAUUACUUCUUCUGGACUUGGAAGAUUGGCAACUCUUCUGUGACUGGUAAGGUUGAGGCCCCCGCCUGGUCCUACCAGCUCGGUCUUCAGGAAGGUUGGAUGCCCAAAGAUCCUCGACAGGCUAUCGGCAAAUGUGGCGGCAAGAAUCCGGUCGGCGCUCUUAAACCCUGGCAAACCGGCGGCGCGGGUGCCGGUCAGCUCGACGCCGAUUUCACUUCUUCAUACGCUUGGCCUCCUACUUCCAUCUCUCAAGGUGGUGCAGCCACACUCCUUCCAUCAUAUACUCCCACAGGUACUGUUCGCACACUCGCUGCUCCGACAUUCACCAAGUCCGCGGGCGGGGGGGUGGAUGCUGGACAAGGUUGGGUGAAUACUGCGGAUACCGCGAAGGGUAUGGUCCCGAUUGCAACUUGCAGUUACCUUGAUCCUUGGGUGGGUCCCAGCGCAGCACCUCCGGCACCAUUAUGUUCUGGAGGCACCGCUCGUCGGGACAAUACCCCUACGCCAAUCAUUACUUCUCCACCCUCCCUUGCAUAGAUUCUCUCUCCCGGUGUUUCAGUGAAUCGGACUCUCCUUGUUGUUAUCGUUUUUGCACUGCACAUCGCACUUUUCAUGGACUACGUAGUAGCUUACCUCGGACUAUUUUCUUACGAUAAGCACGACGACGCUACCUACAAUUACACAUAAGCUGCCUACGGAUUCAGUUGGAUUUUCCUCUGUCAUGCACAUUGUAUAGGGACGUAAUGGGUAUCGGUGUCCGAAUUAUGUUUAGUGUUCACCACUGGUCGUUGCAUAUCGAUCUUCAAGGUCUUCUUGUCCUCCAAAGCCACCCUCGAAGUCCUUGUCAGCUUCUUUUCCUUCCUCCGCCUUCUUGGCAGUUUCUUUGAUCUUCAUCUGCUCUCGCAGAGCAGCUAGUUGUUCGGCCUCCUAUAAACGCAAUGUCUGAGCAACGAAUAGUAGUGACAUCGCCUUGCCUUACCUUCUGUCGGGCGUAUUGAUUUUCGGCACUUGAUUCCCUCGACUUCCAUGCCCCAUCCUAGAGAAUGUAUCAGAUAUGCGAAUUUGGUUAUGAGACUGGUAACUAACCUGUGCAGUUGUUCCGGACAUACUAGGUAUAUCGCGUAGAAUACUAGAUUGGACUGGAUAUCUUUAGCAGGUUGGCGGUCGCAAUUUGAGAUUGUGGUUUACGAGU